AUUUCCGAUUUCGACGGUGAGCCAUACCAACAAUUUGAUUCUAGGAGAAACAGCUCGGAUAGGUUAGGAUACGGUUUUCUUCUCUGCUUGAAUUGAUCGGCAAUCUUUGGUGACUGAAGUAAUGUCGACGGCGGCGCAGCAGGGAAGAGGUGCGGCGGUGAAGCCGGCAAUGCGUAAGCCUGUGUUUGUGAAGGUGGAUCAGUUGAAGCCGGGAACGAGCGGCCACACUCUCGUGGUGAAGGUAGUCAAUUCAAUCACGGUGUUGCAGAAGGGACGAGUAGCUUCGGCGCAAUCUCGGCAGACGAGAAUUUCCGAAUGCCUUGUGGGUGACGAGACGGGGGCAAUCAUAUUCACGGCUCGCAAUGAGCAGGUAGACAUCAUGAAACCUGGUGCCACUGUGAUCAUUCGCAAUGCUAAGAUUGAUAUGUUCAAGGGUUCAAUGCGUUUGGUCGUAGACAAGUGGGGACGUGUUGAGGUAGCUGAGCCAGCUAGCUUUGCAGUAAAGGAAGAGAACAACUUGUCACUUGUUGAGUAUGAGCUCGUCAAUGUUGCUGAAGAGUGACAGCAUCGUUCUUAUAAAUAAAUAUUUUGGACGGAGAAAGGUUAGUGAGCUCUUUCUUGCUUGUUUAGCCUUGCGUUCCUUGCCAUGAGGUUCUUACUUAAGAUGGCAGUAUGUGAGAAGCGGCACCACAUGCAAGUAUAAGCAGUAAUCAUGUAGCAGCUUGUGAUGCGUUUUGUUUCUUUUCUAACUUGUUUGUUGUGAUCUACAAGUGUUGGCAUUAGCACGUUUUAUGAGGGUGUAAAUCAACUAUGAAACACUGGUAUAAGGUAUAGUAAUUAUAUUUAACAUGCAUGUUUUGAGACUUUGAUUUCAA